UGAAAUUAUUAACGGUGUGUUUUAUAUCAACGUAGCUAGCUGAACAUGUUUAAGUGACUACUUUAGAUGCUAUAGCUAAAUAAUAUUCUCACAUAUCCGAGAUAUGCAUGGUUCAAUCUAACCAUUAGAAGCAUAGUUGCCUUCUGAUGUGAAGACACUGGACAGUGAGUUGGCUUCACGCACACAGGACGUACGAGUUCAUCGCUUGCUCUGCUAGCUAACGGUACUGGGUGCUGGAAGUCCAGUACCAAGGCUGUCUUCUAGCGAACCUGAGCUGAGCCCAACAACGUCCGGAUGCACAUUACUGGUUCACAUGAAAGCAAAGAAUUACUGAAGAAUGAAGCACAAUCAUUUCAACAAUCCAUUUCAGUUCACGUUAUCGUCCUCUUAUCCAAAACUGAUCCUAUUUGUAGUUUUAUCUGGAACACAAGAGUGACCAAGAAACUCUGGGAAGGUCAGGACUGGACUUUUGGUCUCUGUACAUUCUUGCCUUCCCCAAAAGUUUCACCCAUGAAAUAUAGGGUCAGCUUUUUGGGAUAAACACUACACAACAUUUGGGAUAUAGGUGUCAAUACACUUGAAAUUGUCUUUGCGAGCAGCCAACUAGACCUACAUCCUUUCUGCCGUUUUGUUGUGGUUGUGUACAGUACCUUUGGUCACACAAAAUGGAGUGGAACAUGGAGUAUUGUAUGGAUCAGAUAAUGCAGAAGGACCUGGGUCGACGGCUACAGCUGGGCCAGGAAAUCAUAGACUUCAUCCUAGACAAGUCCCAGGACUUGGAGCAGGACCAGACCAUGCUGGACAGAAUGGUGGAUGGUAUUGCUACCAACUGGGUCAACUCCAGCAAUUUUAAGGUAGCAUUGUUGGGAAUGGACAUACUCUCCGCCUUAGUUACAAGACUGCAGGAUCGCUUUAGGACACAAAUUGGAACUGUUUUGCCGAGUUUGAUUGAUCGUUUAGGCGACUCAAAGGACCAAGUCAGAGAACAAGACCAGGCCCUUCUGCUGAAGAUCAUGGACCAAUCUGCUAACCCACAGUAUGUAUGGGACAGAAUGUUAGGAGGCUUUAAACACAAGAACAAUAGGACGAGAGAGAGUCUCUGCGUUUGCCUUAUCUCCACAUUAAAUGUAUAUGGUGCCCAAGGAUUGACCCUUAGCAAAAUUGUGCCCCACAUAUGUAAUCUUUUAGGAGACCCUACAAGCCAGGUGAGAGAUGGAGCCCUGAACUGUCUGGUUGAAAUCUACAGGCAUGUCGGGGAGAGAGUCAGGGUCGACCUUGGGAAAAAGGGACUCCCACAGUCACGGUUGAAUGUGAUUUUCAGUAAAUUUGAUGAAGUACAACGGUCGGGUAACAUGAUCCUGUCUCCCGUCUCAGAUAAGAAUUUUGAUGACGAUGAUUCGGUGGACGGGGGGAGGUCAUCCUCCUCCAAGGGCCUGUCCUCGGGGAAGAAGUCGCUGAGUGUUGGAUCAGUCCGCAGGCCCAGCUCUGCCUCCAGCACCAAAUCCACAGGGAGGGAUGGUGCUGGAGCAGCUGCUGGAGCCGUGGAUGAGGAGGACUUCAUCCGUGCCUUUGACGAUGUGCCCACUAUGCAACUUUUCUCCAACAGGGAGCUGGAGGACACCAUGACUAAGAUCAGAGAGGUGCUGGCUGACGACAAACGAGACUGGGAGCACCGAGUGACCGCAUUGAAGAAGAUCCGUUCUCUGCUCCUAGCGGGAGCGGUGGAGUUUGACGGUUUCUCCCAGCAGCUGCGUCUCAUGGAGGCGGCAUUUAAGAUGUCUGCUAAAGACCUUCGGUCCCAGGUGGUGAGAGAGGCCUGCAUCACCCUGGGCCAUCUGUCCUAUCUCCUGGGGAACCGAUUUGACCACUGUGCCGAGUCCAUCAUCCCCACCCUCCUCAACCUGGUGUCCAACUCGGCCAAGGUCAUGGCCACCUCCGGCAUCGCCGCCAUUCGUCUCAUCAUCAGGCACACACACUUCCCUCGUCUCAUUCCCAUUGUGGCCAGCAGCUGCCAGUCCAAAUCCGUGGCCGUGAGGAGACGCUGUUUUGAGUUCAUGGACCUCUUGCUGCAGGAAUGGCAGACCAACUCUCUGGAGAGGCAUGUAGCUGUUCUGACGGAGACCAUCAAGAAAGGGGUCCACGAUGCAGAUUCCGAGGCCAGAUCUGUGGCCAGGAAGUGUUACUGGACAUUCCACGGCCACUUCAGCCGGGAGGCGGAACAGCUUUUCCAGGCUCUUGAGUCGUCCUACCAGAAGGCUCUUCAGUCCCAUCUGAAGAGUUCUGACAGCGUCAUGUCCCAGCCCGCCUCGGACCGCUCCUCCUCCUCCUCACAGGAGAGUCUGAACCGCCCUCAGUCUGCCAAGAACUCAGUAGGAAGCACCCUAACCAGGACUACCGUGGCCCCGUCCAGGGUCCCCUCCACCCCAGGUUCUCUCCAGCGCUCCCGCAGUGACGUGGACGUGAACGCCGCCACCUCCGCUAGGGCCAAGACCAGGAUGACCCCUGUGCCCGCUCUGCCUGCCCCAUUCAGCUCAGCCUCCGCUCUGCCGCCCGGCUCCUACGCCUCUCUAGGCACGCCUGGUAACGUUAGGCCGCAGGGUCGUGUGCGUACCAGGAGGACAAGUGCCGGGGGCAGCGUGGGGGUGGGUCCCUCUGUCACCGACAGCAGGGGGAGGAGUCGAGCCAAAAUGGUGUCCGUGUCCCAACCUGGCAGUCGUUCCGGCUCCCCUGGUCGUCUGCUCGGUCACACGUAUGGCAGGACCCCCAGGGCGACCGCCGGGCCCGCUCCGGCAGACAGGAGGCCCAAAGUCCCCCGGAGCCAGGGGUGCAGCCGGGAUACCAGCCCCGACCGGUCAGCCCUGGCGAGGAGCCGUAUCCCUCGGCCCAGCAUGAGUCAGGGAUGCAGCCGGGAAACCAGUAGGGAGAGCAGCAGAGACACCAGCCCUGCUCGGGGCUUCUCUCCUCUGGCGUCCAGACAGGUCUCCCGUUCAGCAGAGUCGGUGGGCCACCCAGAACGCCUGGGUCUGGCCCACCAGGCCCGUAUCUCUGCCUCGGUCAACGCCAUGAGGAUCCUCAACACUGGGACUGAGGUGGAGGCUGCGGUGGCCGACGCCCUGCUCCUAGGAGACGCCAGGAACAGCAAGCGGCGGCCAGUCCGACGGCGGUACGAGUCCCCGGGGAUCUACUCGGACGACGACGCCAACAGCGACGCUAGCAGUGCCUGCUCGGAGCGUUCGUAUGGCUCGCGGAACGGCGGCCCACCCCACUACAUGAGGCAGACGGAAGACGUGGCCGAGGUCCUGAACCACUGCGCCAGCUCCAACUGGUCCGAGAGGAAGGAGGGCCUGCUGGGGUUACAGAACCUGCUGAAGAGCCAGAGAACCCUCAGCCGUGUGGAGCUGAAGAGGCUAUGCGAGAUCUUCACGCGGAUGUUUGCCGACCCCCACAGCAAGCGAGUGUUCAGCAUGUUCUUGGAGACUCUGGUAGACUUCAUCACGUUGCACAGGGAGGACCUCCAGGACUGGCUCUUUGUCCUGCUAACCCAGCUACUGAAGAAGAUGGGGGCCGAUCUCCUGGGCUCCGUCCAGGCCAAGGUCCAGAAGGGUCUGGACGUCACCAGGGAUUCGUUCCCGUUCGACCAGCAGUUCAACAUCCUGAUGCGUUUCAUUGUGGACCAAACCCAGACCCCCAACUUGAAGGUCAAGGUGGCCAUCCUGCGCUACAUUGAGGGCCUGGCCCGGCAGAUGGACCCCAGCGACUUUGUCAACUCCAGCGAGACACGGCUGGCGGUCUCUCGCAUCAUCACCUGGACAACAGAACCGAAGAGCUCCGAUGUCAGGAAGAGCUUCAACCCUAACUGGGCAGGUGAGGAGUUAUCAGGCAGGCCCUGCGCCACCGUAGCUUCUCUACCUGGGGAGGGGAACGUGGAGGAGAGGUGCAAGCAGGCAGCCCAGGUAGUUCUGAUUGCCCUGUUUGAGCUGAAUACCCCGGAGUUCACCAUGCUGCUGGGAGCCCUUCCGAAGACCUUCCAGGACGGCGCCACCAAACUGCUCCAUAACCACCUGCGGAACACCAGCAACACCGCAGCGGCGUCUCCUGGCAACACCAUGGGCCGCCCCCCCCCGGCGCGUCACUACAGCAGUCGCAGUAGCCCCCUCACCUCCCCCACCAACUCCCACGGCUCCCACGGGGGUCUGUCUCCCAGUCGACUGUGGGGUUGGAGUGGUGAUGGCCUGUCAAAGUACCCCCCUCCCUUUCCUUCAUCCCUCUCCUCCAUCCCUGCCGCCCCCCCUUUCAAGACCCUGCGAUGUGCUUACACUCCCAGCAUGUUGGAGUGCGACACUGAGAACCUCAACUCUGAUGACAUCUACAGCUCGCUCCGAGGUGUGACUGAGGCCAUCCAGAACUUCAGCUUCCGCAGCCAGGAGGACCUGCUAGAGCCAGGCAGGGGCAAGAGGGAGGCCACGCCGGGUCUGGGAGCUUCAUCGGAGCUGGGCGGUGUCGACGUGGUGGAGGGGCCCGCGGGGCGCAUGGCACUGGACAACAAGACCUCCCUACUCAACACCCCAUCGCCCCGGGCCUUCUCCGGUCCGCGGGGACGCGACUACAACCCCUACAACUACACUGACACCAUCGGCGCCUACGACAAGCCGGCCCUCAGGGAGGCCGUGUCCGAGGGCGGCGUGGAGCCACUAGCCGACGGCCGUCGUCAGGAGAGCUGCGGUGAAAAUAAGGUGCUGCCAGCGAGGCAGUGUUCGCCGGCGGAGCAGCUGGAGAUGGUGUCGGAGCUGUUGAAGGAGUUGUCCACCCCCAGCGAGAGGCCGGAGGAGAGGAGGGGGGCCCUGGUGGAGCUGCUGAAGAUUGCCCGGGAGGACAGCCUGCUGGUCUGGGAAGAACACUUCAAAACCAUGCUGCUGCUACUACUGGAGACCCUGGCUGAUCAGGACCACACAAUCCGGGCCCUGGCCCUGCGCGUGCUGAAGGAGAUCUUGCGCAACCAGCCGGCUCGCUUUAAGAACUACGCCGAGCUCACCAUCAUGAAGACUCUGGAGGCCCACAAAGACUCCCACAAGGAGGUGGUGCGAGCGGCGGAGGAAUCGGCCUCCACCCUGGCCGGCUCCAUCCACCCGGAGCAGUGUGUCAAGGUGCUGUGUCCCAUCGUCCAGACGGCCGACUACCCCAUCAACCUGGCCGCCAUCAAGAUGCAGACCAAGGUGAUCGAACGCAUCACCCAGGAGUCCCUCCAACUGCUGCUGUCGGACAUCAUACCGGGACUGCUGCAGGGCUAUGAUGACAUGGAGAGCAGUGUGAGGAAGGCCAGUGUGUUUUGCCUGGUGGCCAUUUACUCCGUGAUCGGUGACGAGCUCAAGCCUCACCUGGCCCAGCUCACCGGAAGCAAGAUGAAGCUGCUGAAUUUAUACAUCAAGAGAGCCCAGACGUCCACCGGCAACAUCAGCAGCACCUCUGAUGUUUUCUCACACUAAUGAACGAGGCCCUCUGGCUCCAUCCCUGUGUGCAGACACGUCCUGUUACGGGGCUGUGUUCAUUAGGCUCAAAAUGGAUGGAAUCGUGGGGAGAACAACAUGGACGUACUGGUUACAAAAAGAAAUGCUCAUUUUCCAUUGUUGUCCGGUUGCAAAAGUGUUAAAAAAUAUUUUCCCUUUUGAACGUGACUCAGAUGGAGGAAACACUUGUGCCUCAGUCUUUCUCUCCAGACCUCCUGAUGGUUACCGUAUAUUUCAUCAUUAAGGCUGUUUCCCUAAAUGGAAACUAUACCUGUUACAAUCAGUAUUUUAUUUCCUUCAACUUUGUUGUCUUGUAAAUAUAUUCAUUCCACUUAUUUCAUGUGGAUUUGACUGUGACACUACAACUUUUUAGUAAAAUGAAUGUAAAGUUCUCUAAAUGAAACCUGGAUCCGUUAUAAACCAUUUGAAAGGUUUCCGUGUUGAUGGGAGCUGAGUGCUGCGGUUCGCCAGUGCCUCUUUGUGCUCCUUUGCCAGGCCUGUUGGGAAACACGAUUGUUCCGGCAUUUGGCGGGGUGCAAUUUAGAAAUGUAGAUUUCGAUUGUCAUUCUUGGCUAUCGAAAUCACACACUAAUUAUUUGCUGUCUGAAAAGAUUUGCGGCAAUGCUACAUGUCUUCAACUUGUGUUUAGAGAAGAAUCCCUGUGAAGAGUAACACAUUUUUCAUUUAGGUAGACUGUUCAUUUCGGUUAAUGGGAGAUCAUUUGCCUGUCCAGUGAUUAGUAAAGGCAAUGAAAGGCUGUUUAAUGAACAUGGGUGUUGGCUGGGAUGUCUGUGUGGUCAACACCAUAACUCCUGGGAAUCAAGGAUCAGAAAAUAUUAACCUUCAGACACUGAAAAUUAAUAAGGGGAAAUAAUUGUUUUUAUGUGCUUUGAAUUUAGCACAAUUUCUUUUUUAAAGAGAACAAAAACUAUUGGCACCUGCAGUGUUCUCUUAACCUCAUGAUUAACUCCAAAUUUCAAUGUAAAUCACAGUGAAUGAGUCCUACGAUCUUCAAAUAUUAGUCAUUGGGCAAUACAUAUUGGUCUUAAAUUAGAAACAUGAAGACAAUCUGAAAUCGAAGUUAAUGAGAAACAUUUGUCCAAAUUCUGAGUUCUGUUGUGGUUUUUUAUUUUUUUUUCAUGCAAGGAUAUAGGAGCCUAAAAGAGUUAAGUUUUGUGUUUCGAAUUGAACCCAGCAAUGAAACAGCAAUACUUAACUAGUCACAAAGAUCCCACUACUUGUAUGAACUAUGUUGUCAGAGCACUGUAAAUUACCAUUGUGAGUUAAUGUCAUUAUUUUCACUGUACAGAUGUCCGUUUUUACAAUGUUACUGCUGCUUCAGAAAUACUAACCAUGGCGUUAAACCUAAUGUAUUUUGCUGUACUUUACUUAUUAUGAAUGUUCAAGGUACAGUCGUGUUGCUUAGAAAUCAAGGCUGAGGUUAAUUCCAUUUCAGUUCACUCCUGUUGAGGAAGCUUACAUUCCACUUUCUUGUCUCCGCUCUACAGGGAAGCAAAUGGUAGUCGGAGUUUCGGUUGACUUCCCCGAUUUGUUUAAUUUGAAAUGGAAUUUAACCCCGCUGUUUUUGGACAGGAGUGUGCGGUGUUAAUGAGAACUAUUGGGCCUUACUCUGCUGGUGGAGGACAGCUUCACUAAACUGACUGUUAAAUGUACUGUAACAUGGCACCGUGUUUCUUAUCCAGUGUUGGGAGCUCAGCCAUUUCAUUGGUUCUGGACCGGUAGGAAUAGGUUCACCCCAUGGUCCAAAAUGUGGUAAAAUACAAACGCAGCGUUUCGUUUUGAUAAAACCUGCCUGUUGUGAAUGAGCUUCUUUAUUUUUUUUAUUUUUAUUUUUUUUUACAGUACAACACUUAAUAAUCGAUUAUUAAGAAGCUUGGUAUAGAAAAAUAAUUAGUAUUCCAAGUUCUUUGGAUGCAGUGGGAACAUGCGUAUUAUAUAUACCCGGUGAUUACAUUCCCCGUUCUGACUUUAUGUUGACAAAACUCUAUGAAUGUCUGGUCACUCACACACUUGCGUUCCGCUGCAGUCACAGAGCUCGGGCUAAUUCAUCAGACCACACAGCAUGUACAGGGCUGUGUGCGCGUUUUGGCCUGUAUCGACAUGGAAACCCUGUCAUCCUCAUGCCUUGAUGGGGUGUGUGUGUGUGUGUGUGUCCUGUGUUUUUUUUUUGUGACACUAUGCCUGCCAUUUAUUACUGCAUACUAACUGCUUUGGAAUAUUGCUUUGAAAUGGGUCUUUCUGCUUUCAUUUCAAACGGAUGUUACGUUUCAUUGAAAAGACAAAGGGUCACAAAUGGCUUCCUAUUCCCAUCGUAGUGCACUCUUUUGACCAGAUCCCUAUGAGACCCGGUCAAAAGUAGUUCUCCAUAUAGAGGUUUGGAUGUAAUUUAGUAUGCAUCCUAUGGCUACUGUAAAUAGGCUAAAGCCAGUCUUUUAAUGGCAGCAUUUUCCACAGAUCUAGUGUCGGCUUGGCUGUUUUAUUCGUUGUGAUUAUUUACAUUGCAUGCUCCUUUUGUUAAACAUCAGUCAUUGUUUUAUCCUUCCAUAUCUAUAUUUAUACAAAAUAUGUUUGAUUUUCUGUACAACUGUACAUAUUUCCUGUUUGGUUCACUUCGCUCUCCUGUGGUGGAAUUAGCAGAAAUGUUGACUUGAAAUAAAACAACUUCAGACUUCUA